AUGAUUUCCUCAAGAGCAGCAACAUCCUCACAACAAACUGAAUCCCGUUGCAGACGUGAAUCUGUCAACAAGCUCGAGAAAUCUCUUACACAGAUAUUGAAGGAGCAGUCCUCCUCAACGCAAGAGAGAACAGUGAAGCCUCUUCCAGGUGCGAGCGAUGUCGGUAUGAUCCUCAGCGACGUCGACGGCACUCUCCUCGACGACGAGCACGAUGUCCACCCUCGCACCUCAGAAGCUAUCAGAUACAUCAGACAGAACCAUCCAGAAAUUCCUGUGAUCCCAGUUACUGGAAAGCAACGCGCCUCGUGCGAUCUUGUUGCGAAACGCUGUGGCUUGGAGGACAUGCCAUCUGGCUGCUGUCACGGCUCAAUCAUCUACACUCCCGAAGGCCAGAUCGAGUCUCAGUUGGGAAUUGACCCGGCUGUCGUAGUUGACGUCACAAAUGUUCUUAUACAGAGAAACCGCUCCGUUUUUAUCUACGAACAUGACUCUGUCAACUGCGUCGCUCUUCAAGGACACCCUACCCUCGACUUCUACGAGAUCACCCGCGGAUACGACCCUAGCAUUAGAGAUGUUCGCGGAACUAACUAUAUGGACAGAGUCGCUUCCGGCCAAGUCGUCGUAACUAAAAUGUUCUUGCCAAUGGAAGUGUCUAUCGUUCCAGAUGAAAUGGAUCACCUCAACUCUGUCUUCAAGAAUGGUGAGGACUACAGAAUGACUCGCGCAUUGAAAGAUAUCAUCGAAUUGAUUCCUGCAAAGAUCGACAAAUCUGUCGCCCUUGAUCACUUCUCCAAGAUGUACAACGUCGAAAAAGGAAAAAUCAUGACUUUCGGUGAUGGUGAAAACGACUGUGGCAUGUUCAAGGCAUCUGGAAUGUCUGUGUCAAUGGGUAAUGCUAUGGCCUUACCAGCUCAAGUCAGCGAUUUCUCCACAAAGACUAACAAUGAAGGCGGUGUUGGCUGUAUUCUUGAUGCUAUCUUCCGUCCAGAGUACAAGUACAAGUCAGACGUUCAAGAAACCGAUUCUGGUUACGCCUCAGCAGCUUAA